AUGCAAAUUACACCCCGAAACCCUGUUGGACGUUUCAAAUGUGAGAAAGAUGUUAUAUUGACCUUACUGUUAAAGCAUGAUGUAACUCAAUCCGCCCCCAUUCUUAUCAUCCGGGCCUUUGCUCUUUGUCCGGACGCCUAUACACAGAUUGUCAGCAGACGUAUUCCGGGUGAGCACCGUGUAUACAACAACUACACAUCUGGCCGUGAAAGUUUGCGAGAUCGUACGCAUGCAUAGAGAUAAGUGUUGUUUCAUUGAAAGGUGUGUUGAGUAGCUAUGAAUGGCUACGUUCAUACUGUCUGCCAAGUCCCCAGCACUGUGCUCGACUCUCCUCCCCCGCAUUCUCGUACAGUUGUCAUGCGCCUCGAAGGCAAUAGUGCAGCGUUCUCUAUCUUUUAGCUUAAUGAACACCUCACUGUACU